CUUAGCAACAUCUUCAAAGUAGUCGAUGAUGAGCUUUAUAUAGUCUUGUUUGACGAAGAACACGUAAUACUGAUUAGGACGAUGGCGCCGCUUGUGCGCGACCCUGAAAAGCUUGCGCGCAUGGAGCAAGCUGUCAGGGUGCUAAUUCAAGGACUUGGCGAGGACCUCGAACGGGAGGGUUUGCGCGACACUCCAAAACGGGUAGCAAAGGCGCUGCUAGAUUGUACGCACGGAUACCACCAGGAGACGUCUAGCACGCUUGGGACGGCGCUCUUUCACGAGCCCAUAGUCCACUACGGUGGUGAAGGCAUCGUGCUGGUGCGCGAUAUCGACUUUGCCUCGACUAAUGAGGAGACACUCCUGCCAUUCCACGGCCGCUGCCACGUGGCUUAUCGCCCCAAGGCCGGUGUCGUGCUGGGGCUCAGCAAGCUAGCACGGCUAACAAAGCAGUACGCAAAGCGACUUCAGUCUCAGGAGCGGCUAGCUGUGGAGGUAGCCCUGGCGUUGCAGCAAUCCUUGGAAUGCCAUGGCGUGGCUGUCGUACUGCAAGCACGGCACCUUUGCAGCGCAACGCGACCAGAGGAGCACAGCAACGCCUGCGUGUCUGGCGUGUUUGCCACCAAAAACUCAGCGCAGCUGGAGGAGCUCCUCACGCUGCUAUCCUUGGACGACCUUCCCGCCACAUCCAUCCUUCAACUUGAACAGCUGCCAGCAACGCUGCAGCCGGCGGCCUCCAGCAACGCACCCAUCAUCGCCGGCAGCGGCGCUGCCCUCUGCGGCAGCUCCAGCGUUACCGUCAGCAGCAGCAGCGGUAGCGGGCAGCACCCCCAUAUGGUCGACGGCGGAGUACCAGCCCCCGGCACGCCCGACCCCAGUGAAAAGGACACGGACGGCGACAGCGAUGAUCUGGGUUUGGGCCUGGAGCCCUCCAUCCCCUGCGGUGGCGGCGGCAGCAGCAGCACCAUUGGCGUUGCCCUCGCUGUCUGCUGCAGCAGCAGCGGCGACGGCGAUGACGGCGGCGCAUGCGUUACACGGCCGGCUGACGCAGUGGAAGCCAGCAGCAUGGGCGGCUGCUGCAGCAACCCAGCCCCCAUCACAAGCUGUGAGGAUGUCGGGGGCAUGGGUUGCGGCUGCUGUGAUGCCAUGGAGGCAGCGGCGACGGUGCUGCUGGAGGAGGUGGGUGAGGACCCUCACAGGCGGGGCCUGGCGGGCUCAGCGCGGCGUUACGUGGCGGCGCUGCUGCGGUCCACUGCCGGCUACCAGCAGCAGCUGGGGCUGGGGCUGGAGGCGGGAGGCACCGGGCUGCAUGAGCAGCAGCAGGGCCAACAAAGCCAGCAGCACCAGGGAGGCUGUUGUAACGGGCAGCAACGUCAUCCGCAGCAGGAGCGGCAGGGGCAGCAGCAGGAGCUGCUGCAGCAGCAGCAGGAUCAAGGACGAGAUCGGGGGCAGGGAUGCAGCGGAGCAGCAUCGGAGGAGCUUGCUGGGAGCGGUGGUGGGGAGUGUGGGCUUGGGUCUAGAGCUGAGCUGCAGCAACGGCAGCACCAGGCACGCCUGGUGAAUGGCGGUGCAGGGAGCAAGACCGAAGUUGGGGCUGCGGCUGAGGCUCCCUUUGCGGGCUCCCUACCUGGGUGUGGCUGCUGUGAGGUUGUUGGCAACGGCACAUGCGGCUCGGGUGCGGUGGAGGGUGACGGCAUGGGGACGUCGGGCGCUAGGGAGGAAGGGCGUGCUGCCGGCUGCCGGCAGGAGCAGGCAGCUAGGCUGGGUGCGAACGCGAACGGGACGUCAUCGUUGUCAUGCGGGGAACCUAAGUGCCAGACGUCGGUGUCUAGAGCAGGUACUAUUAGCAGCAGCGAGGGCCCUCGGACAUGUGAUGGCGACUGUGGCGGUGCGGUAGCGGGUGCGGGGUGCGGGCUGUCGCAAGGGGGUGUCGGGACCUUGCAUGUCUGCGGCAGCCCGGUCUUCAUCAGCUGCAGUCGCGCGCGCCAUAGCGCGUGCUGUCCCUUAGUUGGCACAGCCUCCGAUCCUGCAGCAACAGAGGUAGGGGCAACCCCGGAGGCUUCCGUCUCCGUGGAAGCUCCCCAGCUGCGGCUACCGCUCGGCAGUGACGCCGCAAUGACAAUGCUGCGGCUGCCCUUCACCUCCCAGUGCGAACACCACAUGCUGCCCUUCUACGGCACCCUGCUGGUGUCGUACAUCUCUCCAGCUGCUACUGCCGUACAGCAGCAGCUACUGCCGGCUGCUGCCGUACAGCGGAUCGUAUCCAUGUACACGCAGCGGCUGCAGGUGCAGGAGCGCAUCACGCACCAAGUGGCGGAUGCGGUGGCGGCGCUGCUGCUGCACCAGCUGCAGCGGUUGCCGGCCGCAUGCCAGGGGGGCUCUCUGCAGGAGGGCUCCUUGACUUGCGGUGCUACACAGCCGGCCGGCAGUUCUUGCUGUCACCUUUUGGCUGGGGCUGGGAUGGCGGCCGGCGUCGGGGCCGGGGCCAAGGAGGAAGUGGAGGCAGCGCAUGUGCAUGUGCAUGUGCAUGGGCGGCGCUGGGGUGUGAUGGUGGUAUGUGACGCGGCGCACAUGUGCAUGGUGGCUCGCGGCGUGGAGAACCACAGCGGCAGCACCACCACGGUGGCGGUGCGGGGCGUGUUUGGGGAGCGAGCUGAGCUGCGGCGGCGGGUGCUGAGGGCGUUUCGGAAACAGUAGAUGGGCGGAGAGAGGGGCGGUUGGGUAUGGUUGGGAGGGGUUUGCUGGGGAAACAGGCAGGCACGAUGGCACCGGAGGCGCUGGGUAGGGAUGGAGAGGGUGGCAGCGAUAGAGCUGUAGUCGGCUAAGGGAGCGGUGGAAGCGAUAUAGCUUUGCAUGGCGGUUGGUAGACUGGCGGGUUAGUGGGGAAAGCCAGGCAUUGUGUUAGGCAAUGUGGUAACGCGGUAGGGUCCAGCUAGCUUGUGCGGGGCAGCCAGGCAGAUGUGGAGUAGGCAGCCAGGAGACGCGGAUGCAGGGCGGGGCAGGGCAGGGCGCAGGAGUAAGUGAAGUGAUGUGUGCAGAUUGAGGUGACGUGAUGUGUUGGGUUGGGUUCGAGCUAAGGACAGCGUCGUUGCCGUGAAACGUGGGCAGCUAGUACUGUGCGGUGCAUCAGCAAGAGUCGCGUGUUAUUAAAACUGGCCGUAUGUUAAACAAACUGGCCGCGAGUAUGAAGGUACUGGAUUGUCGGAAGUUGAUGUCGUUAUGGCCGUGUGUCUGUGUAGGCAUAUCGUAUAGGGAAUCUGGUUGGCUCUGGCGCCUUGUUGCGCCUAAAGAUGCUGCUUUGGGCUGGUUGUCGUUAGUUUGCCUGCCACGGCGAUAGUUCGUGAUCCCGGGUGUACCGCGGUAUGCGUAGGCGUUGGUCGAAAUCCUUAGUAAAGACGCUUAAUCCGUGCCUAGGCCUCUGCAUAGGUUAUAGCUGGCGGUUAUGGCUUCCGGAUGGACAUUCAUCCCCAUACUGAGAUACCACCACAUGGCGCUGACUGCUACUGUUAGGACAGGUUGGCCAAGGGGUGUUAAGCAGUAAUCUGUCAUUUGGGUCGCUAAGCCCCGGCCGUUGAUAUGCGGAAAUAGUUGGGUUAGACCUGUUUAGGAUCGCAACGCCUUCGCUGUGCCUCGCUGCUAAGAAUCAGUGUGUGGACUGUGGGUAAUGAGUAAGAAUGUGGACGGCUUGUAUGACUGUCGCCCUAGCGCCUAGGCGGCUGUUGAGGUAACAUCCAUGUGCAA